AUGACAACGGCACCUCUCUCUGCGUGGCCGAGGAAUUUGGCUGCCCCUGUCAUCUUCGGCGUCGACAUUCUCAACAUCACUGCAGCCGCAGUCACAAACUUCAGUACCAGUGUUGCAGGGGACUUCAACUUCAAUCAUGGCCCAUUCGAGGUCGAGAGCGUCGAUUAUUGCAACAUAACCGUUACAUACACGCACCCUGUCCAGGAUGACAUCGUCACAGUCGAAGCCUGGCUUCCCCUCGAGUGGAACGGCCUGCUUCAGGCGGUAGGAGGUGGUGGGCUAGUGGCCGGAAGAUAUGCACUCUCCACUGCUCAGAUGCAAGCUGCCGUUGGCGAAGGAUAUGCAACUUCCACGACCGAUGCUGGACAACAAGGAAAACCUGCCUCCGAGUGGGGCACGGUGAGCCCGGGGAACGUCAACCUCUACUUGCUACAGAACUUGAUGACGACUUCUCUCAAUGAGCAGGCCAUCAUUAGCAAGAGCCUCAUUAACAGCUUCUAUGGUAAGCUACCGGAGUACUCCUACUUUAGCGGAUGUUCUCAAGCUGGUCGUCAGGGGCUGAUGCUUGCUCAACGCUACCCUGAUGCGUACGACGGUAUCGCGGCUUCCGCUCCCGCGAUCAACUGGAGCAAGUUCUUCUUAAACGGAUUCUACCCGCAACUCGUCAUGAAUAUGUUGGGCGAAUAUCCGGCGCCCUGCGAACUGCACGAGAUCGGCUUGGCAGCCACCGCAGCCUGCGACGGUCUGGACGGUGUCAUCGAUGGUCUCGUUUCUGACGUUCACUCCUGUAAAUUCGACCCUUUCUCGGUCGUGGGAAAAUCCAUCGACUGCAAUGGCUCGAAGAUGGAGAUAUCAGAAGCUGCCGCCAUUGUAUCCAACGCAACUUGGACUGGGGCCACAUCUGCGAACGGCGAAUUUCUGUGGCACGGUGUGGCACCCGGGACCAACAUCACGGUUCUCGAGGGUAUUGCUCAGGCAACUGCUCUCACAAGCUGCUCCGAUAAUGGCACCUGUACCGGCGUGCCAAACUCCCUCUUCACKGAAUGGAUCUCUGUUUUCGUUGAGCGAGACCUCGCCAUGGACUUCCGUAACCUCACACAAAGCGACUACGACCGCAUCUUUCAAUCGUCACUCGUCCAAUAUGCCCACAUCAGCGGGUUCGACACCAACCUCAUGCCCUACUUUCGACGUGGUGGCAAGAUCCUGGGAUAUCACGGCACGCUUGAUCCCCUGAUUCCACUCGGUGGCACAUUAGAAUACUACGAUGCCCUGACCUCCGAGAUCCCCAACAUUCACGACCAUUUCCGUAUGUUUGAGGCUCCUGGUGUUGGUCACUGUUUCGGGGGAAAUGGCGGCCAGCCGACAACCACUUUUGAUGCCUUGCGAGCUUGGGUGGAGAAUGGUACUGUUCCCGAGACUUUGCCAGUCAAUUUCAAGGAUUCCAAUGGAACGACGAACAGCCGUUUCCUCUGUCCAUACCCUCAAAAGGUUCGCUACGAUGGCAAAGGCGACACUACCGUUGAGAGCAGCUAUAGCUGUGAGCUGUAG